UGAUGACGACUGCAGGAUCACGGCAAGACAUCUCUCACCGACGCUCUCAUCGCCACCAAUGGCAUCAUCUCGCCCAAACAAGCCGGCAAGGUCCGUUAUCUAGACUCCAGACCAGACGAACAGAUGAGAGGAAUCACCAUGGAAUCAUCCGCCAUCUCCCUCUACUUCUCGUUAUUGCGGCGGAAUGCGCCGAAUGCGGAACCAGUCCAGAAGGAGUACCUCAUUAAUCUGAUCGACUCUCCUGGACAUAUUGAUUUCAGCUCAGAAGUUUCAACCGCAUCGCGACUAUGUGAUGGUGCGGUCGUUCUUGUCGACGCUGUAGAGGGGGUGUGCUCACAAACGGUGACGGUACUGCGACAGAGUUACAACGAGAAGUUAAAACCUCUACUCGUCAUCAACAAAAUGGAUCGUCUGAUCACAGAAUGGAAAUUGACCCCCGCAGAAGCGCACGAUCAUUUGAAGAAGCUCCUCGAACAGGUCAAUGCGGUCAUGGGAAGUUUUGCGCUGGGUGAACGAAUGGAGGAUGAUCUGCGAUGGCGGGAGAGAAUCGAUCAGAAGAUCAGCGCUGCGACUGCGGCACGCGAGCAAGCUGGUGACGCGAAGACGAAUGGCGCCGAAGACGACGACGAAAGCGUUGUGAACGCAGUCUACGAAGAAAAAGAAGACGAGGAUAUCUACUUUGAACCUGAAAAGAACAAUGUCAUUUUCGGUUCAGCGAUCGACGGAUGGGCUUUCACACCGCGCCAAUUCGCAGGUCUAUAUGAGAAGAAGCUCGGCAUCAAACGCAGCGUGCUGGAGAAAGUCCUCUGGGGAGAUUUCUACCUGGACCCCAAAACGAAGCGCGUCCUGGGAUCGAAGCAUCUCAAAGGUCGUCAUCUCAAGCCCAUGUUCGUUCAACUCGUGCUGGAACAAAUCUGGGCUGUGUAUGAAGCGACGACUGGUGGUCCAAAUGGGAAAGGCGAUCAGCCAUUACUGGAGAAAAUCACCAAGAGUUUGAACAUCAACAUCCCUGCGCACAUCAUGAGAUCGAGAGAUCCCAAGGCAUUGCUCAGUGCGGUGUUCUCGGCUUGGCUACCGCUUUCGACAGCAGUACUGGUAUCGGUGAUCGAGGGCCUGCCAUCGCCACGCGCAGCACAAGCCCUGCGUAUGCCGGCACUUUUAGAUUCGCUACCUGGCGCUAGCCACAUCGACCCAUCGAUCAGGGACGCCAUCUUGCAGUCGAAGGCUGCAGCCAGCGAGCCCGUGGUCGCAUACGUAAGCAAGAUGAUCUCAAUACCGGAAAGCGAAUUACCUGUCAACAAGCGCCGUGGAGGUGCUCUCACGGCUGAAGAGGCUCGCGAGUUGGGUCGGAAGAAGCGGGCGGAGAUUGCAAGAGCCCAGGCGUUGGCUGGUGGGGAACCAAGUGUUGACUCGGUCGCAGACGCGCUGAGCAGCGCGGCAAUCGGUGACGAAGAAGAUCUUGAGAAUGGCGCCGGGGAAAAAGACCAGCAGGAUGACCCGGAGCACCUCAUAGGCUUUGCACGUAUAUUCUCGGGAACACUCACGGUCGGUGAUGAGAUCUAUGUACUCCCUCCGAAGUUCACGCCCGCACGACCUCAAGCUCAGCCAUUACCCAAGAAAGUCACCGUCACCGGGUUAUAUCUGCUAAUGGGACGGAGUCUGGAAACGCUCACCUCGGUUCCAGCAGGCAAUGUCGUCGGUAUCGCCGGUCUCCAAGGAGCAAUUCUCAAGUCUGGAACCAUCUGCUCCAGCAUCGAAGGCGCACCCAAUCUCUCCUCCACCAGCUUCAUCUCCACCAACGCACCUAUCGUUCGCGUUGCCUUGGAGCCAGUCUUCCCAGGCGAUCUCGACAAAAUGAUCCGCGGCCUCCGUCUCCUCGAGCAAGCCGACCCCGCAGUAUCUUAUGAGCAGCUCGAGAGCGGUGAACAUGUCAUCCUGACCGCGGGUGAACUCCACCUCGAGCGCUGUCUGAAGGACCUCCGUGAGCGGUUCGCGCGUUGCGACAUCCAGGCCGGCGAGGCCAUUGUCCCGUACCGCGAGAGCAUCGUGCGAGCCGAGGAGAUGAAUGCUCCCCGGGACGCGAAUCUCGGCCGAGGACGUGUCGAGGUGGCGACUUCCAGCAAGCAGAUUUCGAUCUGUCUUGCGGUCAGACCUCUUCCCGCCGCGGUCACGAAUUUCCUCAUUCGACAUACCGGUGCCGUCAAAAGGCUUUAUUCCGAGAGACAGGCCCAGGAAGAGGAGCGGACUACCAAUGGAGCUACGGAUGAAGGGAGUGGCGGCUCGGAAGAAGCUGAUUCUCAUGAGAAGGAGCUCGAGGCGGAAGCUGACGGUGCUGAAUCGGGUCAGCAGCUUACUCAGGCGGAAUUCAAGAAAGGCCUCAUCGAGGCAUUCGAAGAUGAGAAAGCAGAUCGCGAGGUAUGGAAGGAUGUCGUCGACAAGAUUGUUGCUUUUGGUCCGAGGAGAGUCGGACCGAACCUUUUCAUCGAUGCCACGAAGGAGGGUAUUUGUGAGAGAUUCUUGCAAGAGGACGAUGCCAACGGCACGGCCGAAGACGGCGUCAAGAAUCACUCUUCGAUGUUCGCCGACAAAGCGGCCUACGCCUUCCAGCUCGCUACCCACCAAGGACCUCUCUGCAACGAGCCCACGCAAGGCCUCGCCGUCUUCCUCGAGGAUCUCUCCACCGACCUCUCCACCGACGAAAUCAGCUCCAACACCGGCCGUCUCACAGGAGAAAUCAUCCGCACCAUGCGCGAGUCCAUCCGCCAGGGCUUCCUGGACUGGAGUCCACGCAUCCUGCUCGCCAUGUACAGUUGCGAAAUCCAAGCCUCGGCCGAAGUCCUCGGCCGCGUCUACUCCGUCAUCACGCGUCGGCGCGGCCACAUCGUCAGCGAGAGCCUCCAGGAGCCCUCGACGAAUUUCACCAUCCUCGCCGUCCUCCCCGUCGCCGAGAGCUUCGGCUUCUCGGACGAGAUUCGCCAGCGGACGUCGGGAUUCGCCGCGCCGCAGUUGGUCUUCAAGGGCUUUGAGAUGCUCGACGAGGAUCCCUUCUGGGUCCCGUUUACCGAGGAGGAACUUGAGGAUCUGGGGGAGAAGGCCGACAAGGAGAACGUCGCGAGGAGAUAUGUGGAUAAGGUCCGCGCGAGGAAGGGUUUGGCGGUCAAGAAGAAGGUGGUGGAGAGUGCGGAGAAACAGAAGACGCUCAAACGAUAGGAUGUUAUGUUUGACUUGUAGUCGUGUUUGUUACAAUGUCAAUUUAAGUGCUGAAGCCGUUCCUUCUUCGGACCUUUUCAUGACUCGUCAGGCCCUAGUCGUGGGUUUCGGUCGACAUUGAUGGGUUCCACGUGAUUCGAGAAAGUCUGCCCAUCUCGCUUGAUGGCCA